CAGAGCCAAUAGAGUUAAUGCUGCACGUGUUGUCAAGUGUCUUAAACUGCAGUCUCGUGUCAUUACUAAAUGUUGUACAGGACAGAGUGCACGAUCAUGGCGGUUAUUCUGGUCCUAGCUGGAACAAAUACAGAGCAUGUGUGGCCGGAUUUAAUGCCAAAAGUGAAUGUUUACGACAGCUUGAAGAAAUAUGCCGAAACAAAACACACAGAGUUUUAAAAGUCCUUCGGCUCUCUUUUUCGUCUUUCCAACCUUUGAUGGAAAUAAAUCCAAAGCUGAAAAUAGUACAUCUAGUCCGAGAUCCUCGUGCAAUUAUUCAUUCACGCUUGUAUUCCCGCUUUUAUCCCGUAGAGAGACCAAGAAAGAAUGAUUCCUUGGAGAAGAACCUUUGCGAGAAGAUGCUGGAGGACAUUAAGGACGUCAUAAAACUUAAGAUAAAUUAUCCAGACAGAGUUAUAGUGUUAUAUUAUGAAGAUAUCAUAGAAAAUAUGGAUAUUAGACUAAAACAGAUUUAUAAGAAACUUAAUUUGACGUAUAACAAGGAAGGCGUUGAGACAUUUAGUAAAAUAAAUGUGAACCUAUCACCGCCAGAAAUGGGGAGCUCUUUUACUAAAGAUAGAAAACAUGAUAAUGCGUUUUGGUGGCGAAAGUACAUAACGUGGGAAGAAGUGCAAAGAAUAGACAAUUGGUGCGGGGAAUUGUAUAGCAUUCUUGGAUAUAAAACUUUAAGACGAAAUGAAAUUCGUGAUGAUUCUGUGCCCAGUUAUAAAGUUUCCCCGUCAUUUAAGAUUCAAUAAUGUGAUGUUUUGUUCUUAUUUUUUUGUACUUUCCAGCUAUUAUAUUUUUAAUAUGUUCUUCGUAAAUUUGAUCUCAUAUUGAUCUCAAUAUGGUUAACUUUUAUGAUGGAUGGUUUUGUAUAAAAUACUAAAUUACAUGUUAUAGAAAUAUAAUGGGAAUUUUCUAUAACUUAUACCGCGAUCAAUAACGUUGUCUGAAAAGCUAUUUGUUUGGUGCUACGAUUACCUUCAUGCACCUUUGUUGUUCUUUAUCUACAGCUAUAUGCAUUAUAUGCAAAUUUGCCAUGGCAAAUGUAGAAAAAAUAUUUGCCAUGGCAAACCUUAUAAUAGUUUGAAUCUUUCUAAAGUGUGUUAAUCUAUAGGUUUGAAUUUGCUAAAAACUGGCGUGCGAAAAAAAGAAACCGACAGCUUCUUAUAGAAAAAUGCAUCGUUUUGAAAUUUUGACCGUUUUUUAAAAUUGCGUUUGCUUCAGGCAUCUUGGUUAAAACUAAGCGACUCAUAUCUUUCCAUAACAUAAACAAACAUGGAUGACUUGAAUUUUAUAAUUUCCUGCGUGAUGGUUAUUUACAGCCCAACUUCUACAGAGCUGCCCUCUGUCGUGACUGUCCAUGAAUCUCUUAUAAACGGCAGUAUCAAUUCUUCCGAAAGCAAUUAAUUAAAUAUCUCUAGAAAAAACACAAACUUUGUUGUUAAUGUUUUCCAAAGGAUAUUGCUAUGCUUAGAUUGCACUACAGUACAUCAAUGUCUUAAAUACAGUGUAAGAUUUUCGGUUAAUUUAUGACAAAUUCAAUACAAAGUGUAGAAGGCGAACCCUAAUGCUCAUCAAAUA